CUUAUCCUUGACCAUAUUCGUCACAUCAUGGGCCAACAAGCACCAAUACGGCUAGCUAGCGACCUGCCUCUCUUCAAUUGGGAGGAAUUCCGUCAAAGCACAUCGUUACCCGAAUCCAGCCGCCCAUUAUUACAGGAGUCGGCGACCUCUGAUAUCAACUCAUUACUCUCAGCCUGCUCCUAUCCGCUACCCGAAUCAUAUAACUCACAAAAUGCUCAACGUAGUACGCCAUCACCCAAUCCUGGCGACUUCGCCCUUGAGCCCGCAUCUUACUUGAACCGGACGAACACAAACCAAACACCAGUCUCUGAACCGACGACACCAAGACCACAGAAACGCCAGCGGCAUGGGCCCAAGAAAGCCGCACCAGCGAAGAACCGUGGAGCCCCCCAAGAAGUUGGUGAUGGUAAGGAAAAUCCUGGAGAGCGUCGUCGCAUGCAAACUCGUAUGGCACAACGUGCAUAUCGUUCACGACAGCAAGCCACAGUCGACGGCCUCAAGAGCCGCAUCUCCCUUUUGGAGACUUCAAUGGAGAAAAUGAGCUCCACUAUGCUGUCAUUUAGUGAGCAGCUGGUUCAAAGUGGAGUGCUUAGGUCACACUCUGCUCUGACAGCGAAUUUACGUGACACGAUGAGGAUCUUCCUUUCUACGGCAUCAGGAGCAAGCCUCGACGACGACGAGAUAAGGGUCCCGGUUGACUCUAAUAAGACAAUCGACUCACCACCAGCCUCACAAAAGCUCACAAUUAAGCGCCCGCCCUUUGGGCUCAUUUUUAGUAUGAUGAACCGCGAACGCCUGGCAUCUUACUUCAAAGCGGAAUUAUAUGCUCAAGUAAGCCAAAAGCCGCUGGAGGGAUGGGAGGAAGUCCCCUUGUUUAGGUUGGGGGGCGCGGGAACCCAUUAUCCCGACGGAAGCACGGGUGAAUUUGUCCCUCGUUACCAGAGAUGGGGCACCGUAGAGGACCCCUUGUCACUCGUCACGUCAGAUUUACGAAAGCAGCUAGAAGGGGAUUGGUUUGACUUGCAAGAUCUGAAGGGAUAUCUUCAAGAUAAGAAUGUGCUCCUGGUUGCGUCAGCUGGUGAGCCAACAAGAUGCUCGAAAGUGCAGACCAAUAUCAAUGUAUCACGUUUCAUAUCAGCGUUGGUCAGCAAAGGAGUUUGCCUGGGUCGGACACCUGGGUUCCAACGCAAUAAUGUGGAGGAGGCCCUGCACUUUUCGACUAUUGUGUGA